AUGCACAACAACAGCACUUGUCUCAACACACCAGACAUGCUCCAAAGCAUUGACUACAGGACAUUCUUCUCCUGCCGGUGCAUCUGGGUCAACGGGCCGGUCAUUGUCGGCGCGGGCCCAUCAGGGCUCGCAGUCGGGGCCGGGCUCAAGCAACAGGGCGUGCCGUUCAUCAUCCUCGAGAGGGCCAACUGCAUUGCCUCUUUGUGGCAGAACAGGACCUAUGAUAGGCUGAAGCUUCACCUUCCAAAGCAGUUUUGCCAACUCCCCAACUUCCCAUUCCCUGAGGACUUCCCUGAGUACCCCACCAAGAACCAGUUCAUCGCCUACCUUGAGGCCUAUGCCAGGCACUUUGAAAUCAGUCCGAACUUCAAUGAAACAGUGCAGUCCGCCAAGUAUGAUGAGACCUUUGGGCUCUGGCGGGUCAGGACAGUCCUGGCAGGAGAGCCUGGACCUGGCCAGAUCGAGGUUGAGUACAUCUGCCGGUGGCUCGUGGUGGCCUCUGGCGAGAAUGCAGAAAAGAUUGUCCCAGAGUUCGAGGGCCUAGAAUCUUUCGGGGGCGAUGUGACGCAUGCCUGUGACUACAAAUCCGGAGAGAAUUUCCGCGGAAAGCAAGUGCUGGUUGUCGGGUGCGGGAAUUCGGGAAUGGAGGUUUCUCUUGAUCUCUGCAAUCACAAUGCAAGGCCGUCCAUGGUGGUUCGCAGCUCGGUUCAUGUGUUGCCAAGGGAAGUGCUAGGGAAAUCAACCUUUGAACUGGCGGUCUUCAUGAUGAAGUGGUUGCCACUUUGGUUUAUCGACAAGAUCCUCAUAUUCCUUGCUUGGUUGAUUCUCGGAAAUGUAGAGAAAUAUGGUCUUAAAAGGCCAAAAAUAGGGCCUCUGCAGCUCAAGAAUGCUGCAGGGAAGACCCCUGUUCUGGACAUUGGUGCACUGAGCAAGAUCAGAUCCGGCGAGAUCAAGGUGGUUCCGGGGAUCAAGAAGUUCUUAAGCGGUCAGGUCGAGCUCCUUGACAGGGAAGUUCUCGACAUUGAUUCCGUCGUCCUUGCCACUGGAUACUGCAGCAAUGUUCCUUCUUGGCUCAAGGAGAAUGAAUUCUUUUCUGAGGAUGGAAUCCCGAAGAACCCAUUCCCAAACGGAUGGAAAGGCCGGGCCGGGCUCUAUGCGGUUGGGUUCACGAGGAGAGGCCUGUCCGGUGCGUCUCUGGAUGCAAUCAGCGUGGCACAUGACAUUGGGAGGUCAUGGAAAGAGGAAAUGAAGCAGAAGAAACGUUCGGUCACGGCUCGCCACAGAAGAUGCAUUUCGCACUUCUGAAACUAACAUUAAAAUGGCCCCGAAUACUCAAAGCGAAGGGUUUUAAUAUGGUUUUACCUUUUCAUUUGCCUUCGGAUCUGUGGAUUGGUAGAUAGGAAGUGUGCGAGUUUUGUGUAGUGUAUACAUAAGUGUCUGGAUCUGAUGAAGGACAAAGAGUCUACAUAGAAAGCAGCCCUCUCCAAUGAAAAAGGAAAGA